AUGAACGAGUAUGCCAAACAACUUUUUUCAAACCAGCCUAUCAUAAUAGACAAUGGGAGUGGAUACAUAAAAUCCGGGUUCGCGGGGGAUGACGUGCCGAGCCUUGUAUUUCCUUCGUACGUGGGGAGGCCCAAGUACAAGCGGGUCAUGGCCGGAGCGGUGGAGGGGAAUAUCUUUGUGGGGAACAAGGCGGAGGAGUACAGAGGCCUCCUUAAGGUGACCUACCCCAUCAACCACGGCAUUAUUGAAAAUUGGAACGACAUGGAAAAUAUUUGGAUCCACGUUUACAACUCGAUGAAGAUAAACUCGGAGGAGCACCCUGUGCUGCUGACCGAGGCCCCACUGAACCCACAGAAGAACAAGGAAAAAAUUGCGGAAGUCUUUUUCGAAACUUUCAAUGUGCCUGCGUUGUUCAUCUCCAUCCAAGCCAUUUUAUCUUUGUACUCCUGCGGGAAGACCAACGGCACAGUGCUCGAUUGCGGGGACGGCGUAUGUCACUGCGUGUCCAUUUACGAGGGCUACAGUAUAACCAACACGAUAACCCGGACGGACGUCGCGGGCCGAGACAUCACGACUUACCUGGGCUACCUGUUAAGGAAAAAUGGCCACUUGUUUAACACCUCAGCCGAAAUGGAAGUCGUAAAAAAUAUGAAGGAGAACUGCUGCUACGUCUCCUUUAACAUGAACAAGGAGAAAAACUCAUCGGAGAAGGCCCUCACGACUUUGCCGUAUAUCCUGCCGGAUGGGUCGCAAAUACUGAUCGGCUCGGAGAGGUACAGGGCCCCCGAGGUUCUCUUCAACCCCUCUAUCCUUGGGCUGGAAUAUUUGGGUAAGUGA